UUCAUCCGACAGACAGCGGUGCAAAAAUUUCGAUUUGAUUGGAAGUGUACCAUAAAACGCAAAAAACUUGACAAAACAAAACUGUCAGUGCUACGAAAACACGAGCGGCAGGGUGGUUUACGGUUUAAUUAUUGCGAAAAAUAAGGACCCCGUUUGAGAGUAUUAAAAUUAAAGUGCAAAAUGUUAUCGGCAUCUCGGCUGACGAUUGCCAACCUUCGGAUUGCACAGCCAAGGGUGGCUGCGAUUCGGACGAGAAAACAUUGCGCUGCUUUGCCGGGAUUGUCGCUGAGCGGCCGGCGAUGGUUUUCCAGAAAGGCUCAUGAUUCUGCAAAAGUUGCUCCACCAGCUUGCCCACCACCACCCCCUUCAGAAAAGUCCAACACACCGUACAUUAUCGGAGCCAUCGCUUUGACAGCCGGUGGCUUAGGUCUGGCCUACAAGUUGGGUUUGUUUGACAGUGAUCCGGUUCUAGAACAGUCGUCCAGCUUAGGGAUAAAAGCUAGCAAAAAAUCUAAAUCCCCCUUUCCGCCUUCGUCGAAGGAUCUACCAAAGGAGGUGCCAUAUCUGCUGAUUGGAGGGGGAACAGCAAGCUUUGCAGCAUUUCGUGCUAUCAAAGGACACGAUGCAAAAGCUAAAGUACUGGUCAUUAGUAACGAGCCUGAAAUGCCCUACAUGCGACCGCCACUAUCGAAAGAAUUGUGGUUCAAUCCCGAAGAAAAAGCACAGCUAGAACCACUAAAGUUUCGUCAGUGGAAUGGAGUCGAACGCAGUAUUUAUUAUGAACCGGAAGAUUUCUACAUAGACCCGAGGCAACUGUUAGAUGCCCCGAAUGGGGGUGUGGCCAUUGCUCGGGGCUACGAGGUGCAACGGAUUGAUGUUGUCAAUCGAAAAGCGAUUUUAACCGAUGGAACCGAGAUCAGCUAUGGGGAGUGCUUACUUGCCACCGGUGCUAGGCCGAAAAAUUUACCCGCAUUCGAAGCUGCUUCAUUGGCCGUAAAAGAGUAUACCACACUGUUCAAAAGCGUAAAUGAUUUUGAGGAACUGAGUGAGAAAUUGAAAGCCGGUAGCAAAGUAGCGAUUAUUGGUGGAGGUUUUCUCGGGAGUGAACUUGCUUGCGCGCUGUCUAAGUUCAGCGAAAUUCGUGAAAAAAAUCUUGAGAUUUAUCAGCUGUUUCACGAAGAGGGUAACAUGGGAAAGGUUUUACCGGAAUAUUUGAGCUACUGGACUACCGAUCGGGUUCGGGAGGAGGGAGUGAAGGUAUGGCCAAAGACUCAAGUUAAAGCGGCAGAAGUGCAGGACAAAAAGCUCCGGCUUACGCUAACCGAUGACAGUAGUUUGGUAGUGGAUCAUGCUAUUAUUGCGGUGGGAUCGGAACCGAACACCGAUUUGGCAAAGACGUCGAACCUGGAAGUGGAUCCGAAGCUAGGAGGAUUUGUCGUGGACGCCGAACUGCGGGCUCGAUCACAUUUGUAUGUUGCUGGUGAUGCAGCUUGCUUUUACGAUCCCAAACUGGGACGAAGACGCGUUGAGCAUCAUGAUCAUGCUGUUGUUUCCGGUCGAUUGGCUGGCGAAAACAUGGCGGGAAAAAAUAAACCCUACACUCACCAAAGUAUGUUCUGGUCUGAUUUGGGCCCUAGGAUUGGAUACGAGGCUAUUGGCCUCGUCGAUUCCUCGCUGCCGACGGUGGCUGUUUUUGCAAAAGUCGACCCUCCGGAGGUUAUCCCAGACACCAGCGAGAAAUUGCAAGCUGCCAACGCGACCGUUAUUCCAGCCUCGGCGACUGCCCCAAGCAGUGCAGGCGCCAAAGCUUCAGUACUUAAUCAUCCGGGUAUCGUGAAGGCAGAGGAAAAGCUAGCAGCCGCAGCCAAAAAGGAAGAGGAAAACGACGACUUUAACAAAGGAGUAAUCUUCUAUUUGAGAGAUGAGAAAGUGGUCGGAGUCGUGCUGUGGAACAUUUUCAACCGGAUAGGGACGGCGCGCAAAAUUAUCGCUCAACACACACAUUACGAUGACUUAAAUGAGGUCGCAAAAUUAUUCAAUCUGCACGACCGACCCGAGGAAACCGAGGCGGAAUAAAAUUAUUCUAGUGCUAAGUCGUAAAUUACCCGUAACUCGAAAUUUCCGUUAUGUAUAUUUUUGUGGCUUUAUUUGCAUUUGCUGAGUACACGCAUUGGUGUUUCUAGUAAAACAACAGGUAAAUUGAAAAAAAAAGUCUUCUU